UCUUCGACCUGAGUCGUCCUCAGUCGCCGUGGGACACUGGCGAUAGUAACUCCCAGCUAGGGACAUGUCCGUAACUCGUUCCUGACAGCGCCCGCGCGGAGGAUCCUUCAUCAAUAAAGAAUCCUUCCUGUGGAACGUGACGCGUGAAACUUCACACGGAUAAUAACACGGACUAAAUUUGAUCACGGAAAAUGAAGUUUUCCCAGUGCGUUGUAUUAUUGGUCGGUCUGUAUCUGGCUUCAAAAACUUGUCAAGCAAGUACUUUCGGUGAGAGGGUGAAAAACUUUUUUGGUAUUUUUGGUAACAAACCACCGUACGCCAUGGAAGCACCUGCACCUUGUUACUGUAGUUGCGGUCUGCGGAACGAAGAAAGCCGAAUAGUCGGUGGUCAAACUACUCGCAUGAACGAAUUCCCAUGGAUGGCCAGGCUUUCGUAUUUGAACAAAUUCUACUGUGGUGGAACGUUGAUUAAUGAUCGCUACGUCCUGACCGCGGCUCACUGUGUCAAAGGCCCCAUUUUCAGGUUCAUGUGGUUCAUGAUCAAGGUCACGUUCGGUGAACACGACAGGUGUACCGAGAGAGGAGCUGAGACCAGAUACGUGGUCAGAGUGUUAACCGGUGAUUUCAGUUUCCUCAAUUUCGACAAUGACAUCGCGCUUUUACGGCUGAACGAAAGAGUGCCUCUCAGCGACACUAUAAGGCCCAUAUGUUUGCCAACAGAAAAAGAUAAGCAAUACGUUGGAACGAAAGCAAUCGCGUCCGGCUGGGGUACCUUGUACGAGGAUGGGAAGCCAUCUUGCCUGCUGCAGGAAGUCGAGGUACCGGUUAUGAGCCUUCAGGAUUGCCGUAACACAAGCUACAGUCCACGUAUGAUCUCUGAUAACAUGAUGUGCGCUGGAUAUCCCGAUGGGAAAAAGGAUUCUUGUCAGGGUGAUAGCGGAGGACCACUGAUAGCCGAACGCGAAGACAAGAAAUACGAACUCAUAGGUAUAGUAUCCUGGGGAAACGGAUGUGCUCGACCAGGAUACCCUGGCGUUUACACAAGAGUCACACGAUACAUAAACUGGAUAGUUUACCACUCGCGAGAGGGAUGUUUCUGUGAACAAAAUUAAGAUCUAUUGUUAUAUGUAACAACGUGGAAAACAAUAGAUUUUUCUGUAUUAUAUUAAUUAUUAUUAUGAAGCAACAA